GGCUAAUCAUUUGAGACUUAAUUAGAACCUACUAACUGAUUUAGUCCAGCCCACCUGGGUCCAGGGUCCUGGUAGAGAUCACAGGCCCGGCCCACACCCAUCUCCUAAUCAGCUCAGCUCUGCUGCUGAAAGGAGGCCAUUCACAGGAUGUUGUGAGCCUUUCCGCUUUUACUGAAACUUUAUCAACAACAACAUCGGAAACUACAAUUCCUCCAGGUUUUCACCAACCAAGCUGGAACUUUCUAAGAGUGUGACUUGCCGAGGAACUGAGAGCUGCUACUAGCAUUUCUUGGAAACUGGAGAGGGAAAGUUUGUGGGGAAAGUUUUGAAAAAGGGAAAGUAAAGAGGCAGUGAUUGGAGAUGGCAGGUCCACUUGCAUUGUUGGUGAUGUGUGUGUGUCUGGAGAUGGCAUGGGCUCAUCGAUUCACCACCCCAUCAGACCCCAGCAGCCUGCACAGCAAAGUGGCCAUGCUGGAGAACCACUACGAGGAGCUACAGAAGAAAUUCCGCAUCCAAACCGACGUGUUCGAGGCCCAGAACCACAAGCUGAAGAACCAGCUGCGGAGCCAGGCCGGGAAACUACGCGACCUUCAGGACCGGAACGACCGCCUGGAGAAGGAGCAGCAGCAGAUGCUGAAGACUUUCUCGGACCUCAGCGCGACGCUCUUCAAGAGCAAGUGGUCGGGACAGCCCGCGGUGCAGGAAAUCCUGACCACAACGCCUCUGAUCCCGAAGGCGAGCGGCUAUGGCUGGAGCCUGGACCACAUCAUCCAGAACCAGACCAGGAAGAUGGACCAGCUGGAGACGGAGAACCGGAUGCUGAGAGACGUGGUGUUCAGGCUGCAGGAGAAGGGCAGCAGCAUGGAGGCCAUGCUCAUCGAAAACAGCGCCCUGCUCGCACAGCUCGGCACGAGCGACCGCCCGGGAUUUCAGAACGACCCGUCCAGGAGAGAUUCCAGGAGGGACGUCUCCAUCGGCAGCCUGGGUAAGCUGGUCGCCUCCCAGAGCGAGGAGAUCAGGACACUGCGGAGGAUUUUCCUCGACGCCAACGACACACUGUCCCUGCAGAGACGGCGACUGACCAGCCUGGGAGACCUGUUCCAGGGGCAGGGCAUGGUUAUCAGCAAGCAGGCGUCCGUUCUGGAGAGCCUGCGAAAAACAACGAAGGAGGUGGAGGCAGUGGUGGAGAAGCAGGGGGCGGAGGUCGGGCAGACGCAGCGCGACAUGGAGACAACGAAGCGGGACAUGAGGAUCAUGGACAGACAGGUGCGAGAGCUGGACCUGAAACACUCCAUGGUCACCACACAGCUGGGCUGGAAGUAUAACCAACUCAAGAACAUGGUGCCUGGGGGAGAGAAACUGCCUCCACUGACGAUAGAGAAGCCACAGAGAACCAACAGCCUGCUGUCUCCUUCAACCACAUUCAGCACCAACGACAAUGAAGUCAGCACUCAUGACAUGCAAGACUUGUCCAGUCACCUACAAGACCACAUCAAAGCUACCCGACUGCUGCCAGAGAAAGUGACCAACCUGGACCGGACAGUUCGUGGACACAACAUUUUCAUCACCGAGUUCCAGCGCAGGGAGACAGAAGUCUACAAGAUGUUAGGGGAACACGAGAAACUCGUCUCACAGGUGAUGCAGGCUACUGAUGCCAUACAGCAGUACAUCGCCAUCUACAUGAACUCUGAAGCCAUCGGACCAGAGCUGCGACAGGAGUGGGAGGACCGCCACGGACAACUCACCAGCACCGUCAACGACAUCAAGAACGAGCUCAAAGACCUGAAGGUCGACAUGGUGCCAAAAAUGGACAAGCUGCGCGGACUCACCGAAGUGGAGAGGUCGGUGGACGACAUGGGGUACAAGGUGACUGACCUUGAGGACAAGGUCAGAAAUAUACAGUACACUCUAGCCACCAUGCCACGGCACUAGGGCGGGCAAGGUUUCACAGAAAGACUCUACCCUAUCCUAGCUAUCUACAGAUGUACAUGUACAUUGUGUACAUAUGCAUGAUGCUUGCAUUAGGCAUGUACAUGUAUGACAAAUGCAUUGUAGCUGCAACAGAAAUUAGACCCGUUCAAAAUCAAUACAAGUCAUCUAGACAUUACAACAAAUCAAGCAGAUGGAUAUAGUUUUCUGGUUUGAACUGUAACUACCUCAGGUCUGUAUUGUCAAUUCUAAGUUACUGGCAUAAACUUAAUAACACAGCCUGUGUCAGUUUGACUGAAUUUCUGUAUACCAUGAUUCAUAAAUAUACACGUACACUAAUGCUACACAUACGUAAUAAUAUGCCGUGUUCAAGUAAAUGUAUUUUACGGCAAGUUAGAGACAGUUUAGGUUUGUUUGUAUAGGCAAGAUGUUGAAUAAUUUGUGAUGAAGGCCUUGUGUUGUAAUUGUGUGUGUUGGAUGAAUUCUGAAAAGAUUGCCUUCAGCUGAAGGGAGAAAGAUGUAAAUACUAUAGAUGCUAUCAGUACUAUAAUUAGACUAAGUAUGGUUACCAUAGUUUUUGUCAGUUGUAUGGCAUUGUGGUAAUUAUUGUAUUCCUCUAGUAUCUACUGAAUAGUUCUAACUCUCAAGUAGCUUACUAUAUAGAUGUACUGUGCAUACACAUGUACAUCUGUAAGUGCUACAUGUAUGUACAUGUAGUCAUCAUGAUCAGUUAACGUUGAUCAGUUGGUUGCCUAAACUUGUUUUUUGUUUAUCUACAGCUAUAUAAGAGUGUAUGGUUAAUAACUAGAUAUUAUAAAUGAUUUACAACUUACCUAUCAUUGGUUCCUUAUAGUCUCAAAUAAAAGAAUCCGAUGCAUGCUGGCCUGUCAAUACUUAAUUACACAAUACA